AUGACCUCCAGCAAGAUCGAGAUGCCCGGCGAGGUGAAGGCCGACCCCGCCGCGCUCAUGGCGUCCCUGCACCUCCUGCCAUCGCCCACGCCCAACCUGGAGAUCAAGUUCACCAAGAUUUUUAUUAACAACGAGUGGCAGAACUCCGAGAGCGGGAGAGUGUUCCCUGUCUAUAAUCCAGCCACGGGAGAACAGGUGUGUGAAGUUCAAGAAGCAGACAAGGCGGAUAUAGACAAAGCGGUGCAGGCAGCCCGCCUGGCUUUCUCCCUCGGUUCCGUGUGGAGAAGGAUGGAUGCUUCUGAAAGAGGCCGUCUGCUGGAUAAGCUCGCAGACUUGGUGGAACGGGACAGGGCCAUGCUUGCGACCAUGGAAUCCCUCAAUGGUGGCAAACCGUUCCUGCAAGCUUUUUACGUGGAUUUGCAGGGGGUCAUCAAAACCCUUCGGUAUUACGCAGGCUGGGCUGAUAAAAUCCACGGGAUGACCAUUCCUGUAGAUGGAGACUAUUUUACCUUCACAAGACAUGAACCCAUUGGAGUGUGUGGACAGAUCAUCCCGUGGAACUUCCCCCUGCUGAUGUUUGCCUGGAAAAUUGCUCCAGCUCUGUGCUGCGGCAAUACAGUAGUUAUUAAACCAGCAGAGCAAACACCACUCAGCGCGCUCUACAUGGGAGCCCUCAUCAAGGAGGCUGGCUUUCCACCAGGAGUCGUCAAUAUUUUGCCAGGAUAUGGGCCAACGGCUGGGGCAGCAAUAGCGUCUCACAUUGGCAUAGACAAGAUUGCGUUCACAGGGUCUACUGAGGUUGGAAAGCUUAUCCAAGAAGCAGCUGGAAGAAGUAAUUUGAAGCGAGUAACUCUGGAACUUGGCGGGAAAAGUCCCAAUAUUAUUUUUGCAGAUGCUGAUUUGGACCACGCGGUGGAGCAGGCUCACCAGGGCGUGUUCUUCAACCAAGGCCAGUGCUGCACAGCGGGCUCGCGCAUCUUCGUGGAGGAGUCCAUCUACGAGGAGUUCGUGAGGAGAAGCGUGGAGCGGGCCAAGAGGCGCAUAGUGGGGAGCCCCUUCGACCCCACCACGGAGCAGGGACCCCAGAUUGAUAAGAAGCAGUACAACAAGAUCCUGGAGCUCAUCCAGAGCGGUGUGGCCGAGGGCGCCAAGCUGGAGUGUGGAGGCAAGGGGCUGGGCCGGAAGGGGUUUUUCAUCGAGCCCACGGUGUUUUCCAACGUGACUGAUGACAUGCGCAUUGCCAAGGAGGAGAUCUUUGGCCCUGUUCAGGAAAUCCUGAGGUUUAAGACUAUGGAUGAAGUUAUCGAAAGAGCCAAUAACUCUGACUUUGGACUCGUAGCCGCUGUCUUUACCAAUGACAUCAACAAGGCCCUCACAGUGUCUUCUGCCAUGCAAGCUGGGACUGUUUGGAUCAAUUGUUACAAUGCCUUAAAUGCCCAGAGCCCCUUUGGGGGAUUCAAGAUGUCUGGAAAUGGGAGAGAAAUGGGCGAAUUCGGCCUGCGGGAGUACUCCGAAGUGAAGACUGUGACAGUCAAGAUCCCCCAGAAGAAUUCCUAA